UGUGUAUUUCAUUUCCAGGGUAGUUUCGGAAAGCGUCAUUCGUGUCUCUGGCGGAAAUAGUGGGCGGAGUAAAUAAAUGCACCACCGGCUUGGGGAAGCGGUGAAUGCACCGAGGUUCUCCUUCCGCCGUCUGGAUGUGCAGAGAGCCGUCACAUUUCGCUGGGAGGAAAAUGUCCUGUGGGCUGUGGAAAGAGACCGUGGCUGUCGCAGAGGAUUACAUCCACCUGCGCUGCUCAAGCCCACACCCAGCCCCUCCACCUCCCAGCGAGCCGGCCGCCGCCAUGAGGCGCCUGGCCCAGGACGUGGAGGCCCAGCACCAGGCUCGCUUUCACUCCCUGGCCCAGGGCUUCCUGAAGCACUGCGGGACGGACCUCUGCUCCAACCUCAGAAAGGUGAUGGAUGAGAUGGUGGGGGAUGGACACUUUAACUGGGGGAGGAUGGUGUCCCUCUUCGCCUUCGCCGGCGUGCUGGCCAGACAGCUGCGGGAACAGACGGGCAAGAACCCGGGGCCGGACUCCGGGAAGCAGCAGGAACUGCAACAAGAGCCCGUAAGCUGCCGGGCGCUGGCGGAGACCAUUGCUGAUUACCUGGAGAAGCACAAAAAAGACUGGCUACAGGAAAAUAAUGGAUGGGAAGGGUUUUGUAGCUAUGCCCUCAACGCCAGAGACUCAAGUCAGGACUCCUCCAUGAAGACGGCGCUGGUUGCUGUCGCCGGGGUCGGCAUCGCUGGACUCACCUUCCUCCUGGUGCGCUAGCUGGGCCGUCCGGCGUCCAUUAGAAGUUCUCAGCCAGUCCGGAAAUUAAGGAAAUAUUAGAAUUGUAACGUCAAUGCUGCAACACGAAGUGAACCUGUAGUGAAUUCAGGGUUGUGAACUCAUGUCAUCGAACCGUCCGCACAAACUCGUGACUCUCUACAAGCAUCGAUACUGACACUCUCCUCUUGCUUGUUCCUGAAGAUUGUAAACCAAUUAGAAUGCCUUUUUCAAAUGUGGAGUGACUGACGUCAGUUUGCAUAUCUUUGGUUAAUAACUGAAGCACAAACAUCAUUUUCUUUUCCAUCUGUGCAGCUAAAGUACUUUUCAAUUUUUCAGAUCUGGGUUUAGAUUUCAAAGUUAUCUGCCUUUUUGGAAGACCUUACUUUAGUUGUGUUUGUGAUAAAUACAUUAUAGUUUAUAAUGUGUAAAUUAAUAUAUUUAUAUAAAAAAUUAAACCUAAAGCAGUGGCCCUCUGCAGAUUGAUCCAUACCUGACCCUGUUUUUGCUUUUCAUUUAAUUUUUUUCUUUUUGUUUUUGUGAACUGAUCUUACAAGGUCAGCAGAGCUGCAAAAUGAAAAUGACAUCACAAUGGUGCUAUGACUUGGUGAAAUAUUUCAUAUUCAUCUACCAAACCAGCGACCAAUCGGGCACAUUUUUAUUAAUCGCAUCUUACAUUCCCCUGCCAAAAAAAAAACUAAAACAAAUGUAAACAUAUUUUCUAAUAUUUAUUUGACUUUUUUUUUUUUUUUGUUUUUUAAUAAAAAAUUGUGAAAUUUGAAU